GUGAGAGCCGUUCCAUAGGUGAAUCCCGUCUAAUACUAUUGCUGUUACUCCUUUUAUUUAGUCAUUUUAAGCGCGAAAUAUUAUAGGCUACUACUACCUAUUAUUUAGUCAUUCUGAGCGUGAAAUUAUCACUAAUACACCAAAAUGUCGACCAAAAUAUGUCUGGGUACGUUGCCCGAAACGAGCAGCGAAGGAAACCACGUGCAGUAUAUGCCGUGCAGCAUUGAACAUAAUGGAGACGCCGAAGUCGAUAAAUAUUUUACAAAAUACGUCACUGAAGAAACCGUGACGAAUGAAGGGCAGGAAGAAGGAGAAGAAAAAGUUCUUCACGGAGUUUUUCGAGGUUAUCCUUUGACUGGGAAUGUCCUGCCAACCCCAGAAGGUUAUACUGGUGUAGUUCUUAAAGAAACACGACCAGGGUUAAACUCUGAAGAGCCUCGUACAUUAAGAGCAGUUUGCCAGUUCAAGAAGUUCACCUUUUGGAACUGGGAUCGCAAACCUUCCCGGGGUGAUAGAUAUCAACAAGCUAUGGAUUGGACUGAAAUAGCAGAUUUGAUUCAUGACAGCAACAAUUAGUUAUAAUGGAAAUGCAGCUGAUUAAAUGUUUUUUGUGUCAAUAAUAAAUUUUUAAAAGUA